GCAAACCUUAAUUAUUGAGCCGAUACUUUAAUACAUCGCAUAUAAGUCCCAACCCAGUAACAACCUCCAUCAGUUUACAUACUUGCCACGUGGGUCCACCUGAUUCCAUUGCCUUCGAUCCUCGUAGCUUCCUAUAUUAUUUCUUCCCGCCUACCACAUCACAAUUCUCUCUUCCUUACCUUUUUUUUUCUCACUUUGGUUUACAUUCGAGUCACUGUGAGGUGAGUACUAGAAUGCUGUGCUCUUAUCGAAAAUCACAGCUCGACCAGCUCAAUUCGAUUCGAGUCUGAGUGAAAAAAGAAAGAACGUACAAAAAUGAGUUACAAGGGAAUGUCUAUGGCCCACUUGAUGGUGGUGGUGGUGCUUCUCAUCGUGCAGGUGUACUAUAGCGUCAAUGCGCAGUCGAGCACGGAAACACCAGAUAGCUCGUUCGAUCUCGAUUGGGAGAUCAAGCCGUCGACGGCGGUUAUCACUGUGAUACUCGUUUGCUUCUUCUCUUUCUUGGGCUUCUUCUCGAUCUACCUCCGCAGGUGCGCUCAAGCGCGCGUGGCCGCCGCGACGGCUGCCCAGAUCGAUUCCUCUUCCUCCCCAGUCGCCGCCAGAGAGCGCGUCACGCGCCGCCGUGGUCUCGACCAGGCCGUGAUCCAGAAAUUUCCAACCUUCACUUACUCGACCGUCAAGGGUCUCAAAAUCGGCAAAAGCGCGCUCGAGUGCGCCGUUUGCUUAAGCGAGUUCGAGGACCACGAGACGCUCCGUUUGUUGCCCACGUGCAACCACGUGUUCCACCCUGUCUGCAUCGACACCUGGUUGAGGUCUCGAGUCACGUGUCCGGUUUGCAGAGCCAAGCUCGCCCCGGAGACGAAUCGAGUCGUCGACGAUUCGUUACACUCGAGUGAGUCGAGCGACGACCCAACUCAGGAAAACUCGGGUACCCAACUCGACGAACAGCAAGACCAUGUUGUGGUUAACGUUGAGGAAACUGAAAGCAGAGAUUUGCAAGUGCAAGUGGACGAGACAGUGAAUCGAACGAGUGGGAAGCUCCCUAGAUCGCACUCGACGGGUCACUCGCUGAUUCAACCCGGUGAGAACACGGAGAGAUACACUCUACGAUUGCCAGAGGAGGUGAGGAUGCAAGUUUUGGAGUGUGUGAAGCUGGAGCGUUCGUCGAGCAACGGUGUCGUUUUGGCAACAGUAGACAACGUGGACCGACAACAGGUUAUGGGACGGACCGUUAAUCCGACGUUAGAUUCUGUUCCCUCGAAGAGUGAGGAAUCCCAAAACUAAUCGGCUAUGUCUCCGGUGUAAUUGUCAUUGUCAUUAAUUGAAGUCAGAGGCGGUCGAGCUUUGUGAAGCUGUGAUAGUGAGAUCGAUUUGGAGUCAAGAAGUCAAGUGGGUCUUAAAAGUAGACAAAUUUAAAAAUCAAGAAGAUAAGGCCUACAAUUUAAUACUCUAAGAUGUGACUCGGGACCAUAAAAUAUAGCAAGUGGGUUUCACUUUUCCUCCUUUGUUCUUCAAUCAACAUUGUUCGUGACGACCACGAUUCCUUUCUUCUGAAGUAGCCAAAUUCGAUUUUGGAUGUUAUUGGAGGUAUUUUAUAUUUUAUAUUUUAUAGAAUUGGCCUGUCACAAAAUUUGAUUGGGUAUGAGACAAGUAAUAGGUGGUUUGAAUUGUUUCUCCUUUGAUUUCAAUUUUAGGCAGAAAAAACAUGUAAGUUUAGUUUAGUUAUUUUUUUUUUUAAGGAAAAAAAUAGACAGAUUUAUUCCAAGACGUUACUAACGUCAAAUGCCUAUUAGAUUGUCAAUGUACGUGAUCGAUAAAGGGAAAUACGACAUUGAUUUUAUUGGUACA